AUGGCACUAGACGCGCUCGUCCACCCACCGCCUUAUCUAUGGCUCUCUCUCAUAGUCGCGGUACCUCUUGUAGCGCUGCUCCAUGACGUAUGGAUAUGGUUGCGGAUGCCUCCAGGCCCAACGCCUCUUCCUUUCUUAGGCAACAAGCUGCAACUCCCCAAAUCGAAGCCAUGGAUCCAGUUCCAGGACUGGUCGAAGAUUUACGGCCCGAUGUUUACCAUAUGGAUCGGUCGUAAACCCACAAUCGUGAUAUCAGACCCGGACAUUGCCGUGGAGCUAAUGGAGAAACGGAGCGCCAAAUAUUCAUCUCGACCUCGCAUGGUGGCUAUGGGCGAGAUACUGUGGGACAAUGCAAGCAUACUGGUGCAGCCUUACGGCAAGGAAUGGAGUGUGCGAAGGAAGCUCCUUCACCAGGCUUUAACACCCAAAGCGUUAAGGUUAUACAAACCUGUGCAAACGGCAGAGGCAUCACGGCUUUGCUCCCAACUAUUAGAAAGACCUGCAAGUUGGGAGAAAUUGCUUGAGCGUUUUACUUCCAGCAUCGUCUUCUGUGUUGCAUACGGGCACCGUAUUGAUUCGCUCAACGCCCGCGUCAUCCACCAGCGCUUCCAAUUCAUGCACGUCGCUGCAUCGCUCAAUGUGCCUGGAAAGUACCUCGUCGAGUCGUUUCCCAUUUUGAAACACAUUCCCGAUGUGUUGGCGCCUUGGAAAGCAGAUAUAAAGAGCCGGGGGCGAGAAGAAGCAGCCGCAAACAUGGCAUUAGUCGAAACAGUGCGCUCUGAUCUUGCCAAGGCAAAGAGUCAAGGCAAAGACAUCCCAGACUCGCUGUGCAAGCUGCUCUUGGAACUUCGCAAGCAAGAGGAUAUCUCACUUUCAGACCGUGACUUUUCCUACAUCCCAGCAUCCCUAUUCGGUGCUGGAUCCGACACGACAGCUUCGACCCUCUGCACUGCUUUUCUUGCUCUCAUCACACACCCGGAAACCCUAUACGCAGCUCACAAGGAACUGGAUGAAGUCAUCGGUUCCAACCGUACCCCAACAUUCGAAGACGAAGCACAUCUCCCCUACAUCCGUGCUCUAGUCAAAGAAGUCUUACGCUGGCGUCCCGUCGCGGUCCUCGGUGGCACACCGCACGCCUCCACAGAGGACGAUUACUACAACGGACACUACAUUCCGUCCGGCACCACCGUCAUCGGCAAUUCGUGGGCUAUUAAUUUGAACGAAGAGUACUAUGCAAACCCUCACCACUUUGACCCCACCCGUUUCCUCGACGAGGCACUUGCCCAGCGCGCAAUAGACCCCACACAUGUUUCCGGGAAGCCGCAUCCUGCAAAGUCAGGUCACUCGUCGUUUGGCUGGGGCCGGAGAAUCUGCCCUGGGGCUCAUUUGGCGGAAAAUAGCCUCUUUGCUGCCUUGGCUAAGAUACUUUGGGCGUUUGAUAUCCUGCCUAAACCGGGUGUGCGAUAUGACAUUUUCAAUUACACGGAGGGCUUUAACAUCAGACCUCGGCAGUUUGAAUGUGAAAUCAGGGUUAGGAGUGAGGGUCAUCGGGAGGUGCUGGUGAGGGAAUUGAGGGACGCGGAAGGUGUACUUGAGAGGUUUACGCCGUUUGAAGAGUGA